AUGAUGGGCUGGUGGUCCUCCGGGGCCAACUCGGCUCUCGACGAGCAGAUCGAGCGCGCUACAAGUAGCAGCUUGGAAGAUAUAGCUCUGAAUCUCGAGAUCUCCGACAUCAUCAGAUCCAAAACGGUCCAGCCCAAGGAGGCGAUGCGCUCUCUCAAGAAGCGCAUCGGCAACAAGAACCCCAACACGCAACUUUCCGCGCUCAACCUGACGGACACUUGCGUGAAGAAUGGCGGAUCCCACUUCCUCACCGAGAUUGCCUCCCGGGAGUUCAUGGACAACCUGACAUCGCUCCUCAAAGUCUCGGGCCCUGGCGCGAUCAACCAAGAUGUGAAAUCCAAGAUCCUUGAGCUGAUACAGCAUUGGGCUGCCGCGACGGAAGGCCGGUACGAGCUGAACUACAUCGGCGAGGUCUACAAGACGCUGCAACGGGAAGGAUAUCAGUUCCCACCCCGCGUCAGCGUCGCCAGCAGCAUGAUCGACAGCAGCGCACCUCCCGAGUGGACCGAUUCCGACGUAUGUAUGCGAUGUCGAACCGCCUUCACCUUCACGAACCGCAAGCAUCACUGCCGUAACUGUGGCAAUGUUUUCGACCAGCAGUGCUCCAGCAAGUCGAUCCCAUUGCCGCACCUUGGCAUCCUGCAGGCUGUUCGAGUGGACGAUGGAUGUUAUGCGAAGCUCACCGACAAGUCCUCUCGCGGCAGCGGUCCGCCUGGCUACGACAAGUCGCAUUCGAGCCCGACGUAUCCCCACAAAUCGCGGACCUCGUCUUCUAUGCAGCCUAGAAAUGCGCGUGUCGAUGACAGCUUUGACGAGGAUCUGAAAAAGGCUCUGGCCAUGAGUUUGGAAGAGGUUCAGAGCCAUUCAAGGGGGUAUGCGCAGCCUUCGGGCAGUGAUCGAACUCCAACGCAGGCGAAGGUGAAUGGCCGCUCGUCAUCUCCUGCGCCCAACCCCGCAGACGAGGAAGACGAAGACCUCAAGGCAGCCAUUGCCGCUUCUCUCGCCGACAUGGAAGAGCAGAAGAAGAAGCAUGCUGCUGCAUUGAAGGAACAGACGCACAGCGCGAACAACACGACCUCGACACCAUUUGUUCUUCCAAAGAAUGACUACGAACUAACUCCUGUCGAGGCUGAGAACAUCAAUCUCUUUUCUACCUUGGUGGAUCGACUCCAGUCUCAACCACCCGGCACCAUCCUCCGCGAACCACAAAUUCAGGAGCUGUAUGAUAGCAUUGGAACUCUACGGCCGAAACUUGCUCGCACCUACGGUGAGACUAUGAGCAAGCAUGACACCCUCCUGGACCUACACGCCAAGCUGUCAACGGUGGUUCGCUACUACGACCGGAUGCUGGAGGAACGGCUGUCAAAGGCAUACAGCCACCAGACGUUGGGUGGCUAUAACUUGCCGCCACCCAGGCAAUCUUCUGGCCCCUACCCGAGCCUGCAGGGACCUGCGCCUACCACUGCCGGUCCUGCCGAGAGCUUUUAUACUGGAGAACAGCAGAUUGAUUAUUCCAGGGCAGCGUCGCAGGCUUACCCACCUCAGGGGCAAGGGCAGUUCGGCGGCUAUGAUAAGAGAGCAUCUGUGUCCAUGCCCUCUGCAUACCCUCAGCAGCCCCAGAGGAGUGACAGCUGGAGGGAACCGAGCGCUCCAGGACAGCCAUAUUCUGCUCAGCCAGGUUACGCCCCGCGGGAUUCUGCGCCUGCUCAGGCUCCCCAGGCGCCCGAUUCGGUGGGGGCGACUCCCAUCGCCGACCCCAAUGCGAACUUCUACUUCAAUCAACCACAAGCCCAAGCUCCUCAAGCUACCCCGGGCCCCUCUGAGCCUGCUCAGUCCCCAUAUCCAAAUUUCCAGCAACACUACCAACCAUCUCCUCUUCAGACACCAGCCACGCUACCUGCGCAACCAUCCCAGCCGCAACCUCCGGUGGCCCAACAAGCACCACCGCAACAGCAUGCGCCGUACUGGAGUCAUCCGGCAGCGCAGCAUCAACAGGUUCCGGCGCCGGCUCAGCCGGCUCCGCAGCAGCAGCAGCAGCAGUGGCAGCAAGGCCAGGCUGCUGGGUAUAAUGCGUAUGGGCAGGAAGCAUUCCCAUCAGCACCCCAGCAUGCCCCUAAACCGCAGCAGCCUGUGGUCGAGGAGAGCUUGAUUGAGCUCUAG